AAAUAACAAAAACAAAAAAAAAAAAAAUAUGGGAUAAAAAAUAUUGACAUAUUUUAUUUAUAAACAAGUUUGACAUGUUUACUAUUUAAAUAUUCACAAGUGUCCUAUGUCAAUAUCACCAUUUAAUUAAAAAUAAAAAAAAAAAUACAUAAACAAUUUUAAUAAACAAAAUCAAAGUUCAUGUUGAUUUACCGGUAAUGACGUGUUUUUUAAUUUUUUUACGAUCCCGGUGACACUUGACAUCAUUGAAAAAUGUAAAUUAAUAAUUUUCAUUAUUUAAUUAUUAAUAUUUUAUAAAUUUUCAUGAUGUUUUAAUUGAUGAAAAUAAAUAAUAAAACAAAGUGAUAAGACAGUCUUCCUAUUCCAAAAAUGUGAUGUUAUUGCCAAAAGCAAUGGCAAGAUGGUCGACAGUAUUGUCGGGGGUAUUUUUAACCCUUUCAAUGGUACUUUGUCUUGGAAAAUUAUUAAUGCUUGCUGUUAAUGGAAAUAAUGGUGAUUUAACUGAAGCUGAUUUAUGGCUUGCUGAAAUUGAUUUAAUUAAAUAUCGUCCGCUAUUUCAUCAAAAAGGAAUAUCAAGUUUAGUAAGUUGUGGACAAGUUGAAGCACUGCCAGAAUUACCACCUCAGGAUGAGGAACGCCUUCAACGAGCUGCCAGAUUAUUACAACAAAGAUUGGUCCUUAGACAGUGGUUGAUUGACAGUGGUUUCAGUACAUCACACUAUCAAAAAUUAAUACAAAUGGAUGUUUUAUCACUUGAGGAUGUUUAUUGGGUAGAAGAUAAUGAAGCACGUAAUGCACUUGGUAAAGAUUUACCACGUUGGAUUGAAGCUAGACAAAAUUUACCAACAUCAAAAGAUGAUCUUGAAACAUUAAAAGCUGAUUUAUGGAAUUCAGUUGUUAAAAAUAGUCAACAUCAAGAUGCCUGGACAUGGGGUGGAAUGCUGGUAGUUUCAGUAUCUGUUGCUGGAUUGGUAACACUUGCAGCAAUGACACAACCAGCACUUGCACCAGAAGCAAAACAUUCAUUACUACAAUAUGUUACUGGAAAAUAUUUACUUCCAAGUAAUUGUCGUGUACAUUUCGAAUGGAAAGAGCCACAAAUUGUUGGUGGAACAAUGACAUUUACUGUUAAAUUUUAUCAACGUAAUGGUCAACCGUAUCCAAUAUGUGAUAAGGAUAAUUUAAUUGUUGAUGUAUCAGAAGGAACAAGAAGAGUUGCAACAUCAAUUGAUUUAGGUGGUACAAAUCCAUUAGCUGCAAAUACAGCUGUUGUUAAAUUUACAGUACGACAUGCUGGACAAUAUAGAAUUGCUGUUUUAAUUGGCUCUUGUCAUGUUCAUGGUAGUCCAUUUUUAAAAAAUUUUCUUCCUGGACCUCCUGAUCCAAAUAAAACAAUUUUUGUUCGUCAAAGUUCAACUGUUGUUUGCACUGCUGGAAUAGCACAUUCAAUGAUUAUCGAACCACGUGAUGAAUAUGAUAAUUUGUGUAUUUUUAAAAAUGAAGAUCAACCAACUAAUGAAUACAAUGUCAAUAUAACACAGAUUGGAUCUACUGAAAAAUGUCAACCAACAGUUUGUAAUGUAAAACUUGAAUAUGACGAGCCAAAUCAAAGAAUUCGCCUUAAAGUUACUUUUCCAAAAGGUGGAUGUUAUCAUGCAACAGUCAGUCUAUCUGGUCUUCAAUUACACAAUGGAGAUUUCGAUAUAAUUGUUCUUGAAAGUUCUGUUGCAAGAAUGGUACACAAUAAUGUUGCAUCAAAAGAUCCAGAUAUUUGUUAUGCUGCAAAAUUACUUGGUAUACAAGGUGAACGUUUUACAAAGCCAAAAAAAGUUUUUUGUUUUAUAUCACCAAAACAAUUAACAAUAAAAGAAUAUCUACUUAAAUUUAUACCAAAACGCCUUGUAACAUUUAGACUGUGUCCCUCGACAAAGGUAAACUUAUCAAUGUUUCAUUUCGAUGGUACAAAUAAUGAACACAAUGGAUAUGAUUCAUUUUCAAUUGAUGAUGGUUGUCAGCCAACAAUUGAAUUAAUAUCAAAUUAUCGUGAUGUUAUUGCAGCAACAUUUACAUUAUUUUUAUUAAAAAAUAUUGGUGGAAGUGAAACAUUUGCUGAUAAACAAAAUUUUUUUUAUCAUGAAGUACGUAAACAUCAUCAAAAACAUUAUCAUGAAAAAUUGACAAUAAAAAUACAACGUGAUAAGCUAUUAGAAUCAUCAAUGAAAGCAACAAAAGGAUUUUCAGUAAGUGAAUGGUGUAGAAAUUUUGAAAUAACAUUUUAUGGUGAACUUGGUGUUGAUUGGGGUGGUGUUAGACGUGAAUGGUUUGAAUUAAUAUGUGCAUCAUUAUUUGAUUGUGGUAAUGGUUUAUUUGAUUCAUUUGGUGAAUCACAACAAGCACUUGUACAUCCAAAUAAUAAAAGAUCAUCAAAUUUAAAAUUAAAACAUUAUGAAUUUGCUGGACGUAUUGUUGGUAAGUGUCUUUAUGAAUCAGCACUUGGUGGUUCAUAUAGACAACUUGUACGUGCUAGAUUUACACGUUCAUUUCUUGCCCAAAUAAUUGGUCUAAGAGUACAUUAUAAAUAUUUUGAACAAGAUGAUCCAGAUCUUUAUUUAAGUAAAGUUAAAUAUAUAUUAGAAAAUGAUGUUGAAGAAAUGGAACUUUAUUUUGUUGAAGAAGAAUAUGAUAAAGAUGGACAAUUAUUAAAUAUUGCUGAGUUAAUUAAUUGUGGAUCAAAAAUACGUGUUACAAAUGAUACCAAGUUACGUUAUCUUGAUGCACUUGCACAACAUAGACUUGCUAGUUCAAUUAAAAAUGAAGUUGAUGCAUUUUUACGUGGUUUAAAUGAACUUAUACCAGAUAAUUUAUUAGGUAUAUUUGAUGAAAAUGAACUUGAGCUAUUACUUUGUGGUACUGGUGAAUAUAGUGUUGCUGAUCUUCGUGCUCAUCAUAUUGUCAAUGGUAAUUCACCAGAAUUUUUACGUGUAUUGGAUUGGUUUUGGACGGCUGUUAGUAAUUUUACACAAGAAGAAAUGGCUAGAUUAUUACAAUUUACAACUGGAUGUUCACAAUUACCACCAGGUGGUUUUCAACAAUUAAGUCCACGUUUUCAAAUAACAGCUGCACCAACAUUUGCCAAUUUACCAACUGCACAUACUUGUUUCAAUCAACUUUGUCUACCGGACUACGAAUGCUAUGAUCAUUUCGAGCGUUCAUUGAUGCUAUCAAUAAGUGAAGGAACUGAAGGAUUUGGCAUGAUUUAAAUUUGAAAAAAUAACAAUUAAAAUUAAAAUUAAAAUAUCUAGUCAAAUUCUUGGUACACUAGUCACAAGCAUAUUUUUAAAAAUGAGCUAUUUAUCAAUUAGUCAAUUUACUGACAAAAUAUAUACAAUUAAAAAAAUAAUUCAAUCAAAAUAUAAUUAUUCAUUUUAAUUUAUAAAUUUACCAUCGACAUUGGUAAUAUAAUAUUGUAAAGAAAAGUAAUAACGAGUUUUAAAUUUAGACAUUUAUAAUUUGUAUCAAUAAUUUAGCAAUAAUAAUAAUUAAAACAAUUUAUCUCUUAUCUCUUGAAAACAAACCUAAAAUCGAAAAAUUAAUUAAUCAAAAAUUGUAGAAUAGAAUCACGAGUAGUUGAAAUUUUUUUUUUUUUUAAUGGCAUAAUGCUUCUGUGAUUUAGUAGUGAUAAAUAAACAAUAAAUAAUUAGAAAAAUAUUAAUAACAAAUAACGUGAAAAAAAAAAAAAAGUUAAUUCUAAUAUUUUUUUACGUUUGAAUUUUAAUUCGGCAAAUAAUUUAUCGCCGAAUUGAAUAAUAUAAUAAUAAAAAUAAACUUGUAACAAUAUUUUCAUUAUUAUUAAUUUAAUUUAUAUUCUAUUAAUUAUUUUUAUAUUUAUUUUUCAAUGUUUCUACAAAAAAAAAAAAUUGUCGAAACAGUUUGCUAAAUGCCAACUAAUUUAAAGGAAAAAAAAAUAAAUAAAAUUUUAAAAACACAUUUUACAUAACA